AUGGCCAGCGGAAAAGCAUCCAAACCAAACCUCCCCGAAUCGAACAUCGCCAUCGGUAUUGACCUUGGUACGACUUAUUCCUGCGUCGGGGUAUGGAGAAACGAAAAUGUAGAUAUCAUUGCGAAUGACCAGGGAAACAGAACGACUCCAUCUUAUGUGGCAUUCACUGACACGGAGAGACUAAUCGGAGAUGCUGCUAAGAACCAAGUGGCGAGGAACCCAGAAAACACCGUUUUUGAUGCGAAGAGAUUAAUUGGAAGGAAGUUCACGGAAUCGUCGGUUCAAAGCGAUAUGAAACACUGGCCCUUUACGGUCAAAUCCGGUGUUGAUGAGAAGCCCAUGAUUGAAGUAAGCUAUCAAGGAGAGAAGAAAUUAUUUCACCCAGAAGAAAUAUCUUCCAUGGUUUUGCAAAAGAUGAAAGAAAAUGCAGAAGCGUUUUUAGGAAAAUCCAUAAAAAAUGCAGUCAUCACGGUGCCAGCUUAUUUUAAUGAUUCACAAAGACAAGCUACGAAGGAUGCAGGUACCAUUGCAGGUUUGAAUGUUAUGAGAAUUAUUAACGAGCCAACUGCAGCUGCUAUUGCCUAUGGUCUCCACAAAAAAGGAAAGGGUGAAAAAAACAUUCUCAUUUUCGACUUAGGAGGAGGAACCUUCGAUGUUUCCCUGCUAACUAUCGAAGAUGGAAUUUUCGAAGUCAAGGCUACAGCUGGAGAUACUCACUUAGGAGGAGAAGAUUUUGACAACAGAUUGGUUAAUUUCUGUGUUGAAGAUUUUAAAAGAAAAAAUAGAGGAAAGGAUUUAUCAAAGAAUAGCAGAGCUUUGAGAAGAUUACGAACUCAAUGUGAGAGAGCAAAGCGUAUCGACUACAGUGUGACAGUAAGCAGAGCCAGAUUUGAGGAACUAUGUAUUGAUUACUUCCGUGAUACAUUAAUUCCUGUAGAAAAAGUUUUGAAAGAUGCAAUGAUGGAUAAGAAGAGUGUCCACGAAGUUGUUCUUGUUGGUGGUUCCACAAGAAUUCCAAAAAUUCAAACUCUCAUUAAGGAAUUUUUUAACGGAAAGGAAGCUUGCAGAUCGAUUAAUCCUGAUGAAGCCGUUGCUUAUGGUGCAGCAGUACAAGCAGCUAUUUUAUCGGGUGAUCAAUCCAAUGCUGUGCAAGAUUUGUUGCUCUUAGAUGUGUGUUCUUUAUCUCUUGGUUUAGAAACUGCAGGAGGUGUUAUGACUAAGCUCAUUGAGAGAAAUACAACCAUCCCAGCAAAGAAGAGUCAAAUUUUCACCACUUAUGCUGAUAACCAACCAGGAGUGUUGAUCCAAGUAUACGAAGGAGAGAGAGCCCUAACUAAGGACAACAAUCUGUUAGGUAAAUUUCACUUAGACGGUAUCCCACCAGCCCCUAGAAAAGUCCCACAAAUUGAAGUCACCUUCGAUAUUGAUGCCAAUGGUAUCCUUAACGUUACCGCUGUUGAGAAAUCUACAGGAAAGCAGAAUCAUAUUACCAUCACCAAUGACAAGGGAAGAUUAUCACCAGAAGAAAUUGAUCGUAUGGUCAACGAUGCUGAGAAAUACAAAGCGGAAGAUGAAGAAAAUAAGAAAAGAAUUGAAGCCAGAAAUAGCCUUGAAAAUUACUGCUACGGAGUAAAGAGCUCUUUGGAGGACCAAAAAAUAAAGGAAAAAUUACAACCUUCCGAAAUUGAAACUUGCAUGAAGAGCAUCACUACCAUAUUGGAAUGGUUAGAGAAGAACCAAUUGGCUAGCAAAGAAGAAUAUGAGUCGAAGCAGAAGGAAGCUGAAUCCGUUUGUGCUCCCAUCAUGUCGAAGAUAUAUCAAGACGUCGGCGGUGCAGCUGGUGGAAUGCCCGGUGGAAUGCCCGGAGGUAUGCCAGGAGGUAUGCCAGGUGGCGGAAUGCCAGGUGGAAUGAAUUUCCCAGGUGGCAUGCCAGGCGGCGGAAUGCCCGGAGGUGCUCCUGCUGGAAGUGGACCCACCGUCGAGGAAGUCGAUUGA